GUAGUCAAGGCGCUUGGUGUGUGGUAUGUAUUCUACUUUGUCAUUACCAUUUUCUUCUGCUCCUUCUACCUCCUCAAUCUUGUCCUAGCUGUGGUUUAUAUGUCCUACGAAAAAGAAAUGGAAUCAAUUGAACAGGAGGUUAGUCAACGACGGCCGAAGUCGUUUUAUUUGUUAAUAAGGCUAAUAAGCAAGUACUAAACAGACCAUUGAAAGAGUAAAAAUGGUGAUUUUUUUUUUUAUUUAAACAUAUUUUUUCUGAGAGUAACGAGAAACACACCGACAGAGCUCACUUCGAAAUAUCAUUGAAUAAAUAAAUUACAAUAAACAGUAAUUGGUCAAAAGCGGUAGCAAAACAAAGAAUGCUAAGGAAUGCGCAUGCUAACAGAUGGAACGUACAUAUUUACGAAUUUUCAUGAAAUCUCUUUGAUUGAGAUAUAACAGACUAGACAUACAUAUACGUAUAUCACUCUUUCACUGUUGAAUUUUGUCAAUGUGCUACGACAAAGCUCAUCAGUUACUUGUUCAGACCAGAUGUUUAAAUCAUUUGUCAGAAUUCUCCUGGAAUUGUCUUUUUUCCAAGCACGGAGAAAUCGACGCCUUUACCUGACACCAAUUUUUAAAAGAAUUGUUGUUGAGCGUGAAUGUGUUUUUAUGUGUUUUAACCAAUCACAAAAAUGGAAAAAAAUGACGCCUACCCGAGUCGUUGUUUUUUAUUUGACCAACCACGAAGAUAACUAGAAAGCUAUUUUCAAAGAGUUGAGCAUUGUACAUGUUAGAGUAAUUUCAAGAUACACUACUUCCUCGCGUUUUUAUCCUCCUCAGGAAUGACCGAUAUUCUUAUACUUAGAACUAUUACUAACCUUCUCUGCCUUUAUGUUCCUUUACACAAUACAUUUGCGCUUUGCUUUCUUUUUCCAGGAGAGGCGGAAAGAGCUCAUGAGGAAAACCGCUGCCUCAUACACUGCAGACUCUAGCACCCUUAAGAAUCUCAGGCCUUUGCGGAAGCUCCGUAAGACCAAAGAAGCGAUGGUUGAAGUAGCACAAACCGCAUGCAUUGUUACUGACGUUCCUGAUAUUGAAAAUGAACAUAAACGUAAUCAAAAAACGCUCGUUGAAAGAGUGUGUGAAUGUUUUCGUUUCGUGAAAACAACAUGCGAGAACUGUUUGAGCAGGAUACCGUUCCUAAAGUCGCUUCGGAAACGCAUGCGCACUGUAGCCGAAUGUGCAGCUUUUGACGCAGUUAUUAUAGGAGUUAUAAUGCUGAACACCAUAGUUCUAGCACUUUAUCAUCAUGGAAUUGAAAAGAAGUUCGAGAAAGUUCUGGACUUAUGCAACAUGGUAUGA